AUGACGCCGCCGACUUUCUUGACAUUCUCGGAGCCGGAUGACGACUGGACGUCGGAGCCUGCAGGUCGCAGUCUUCUGAUGCGGGGCUGUGCGACCGGUGACUCGCCGCCUUCAGCCGCACGAGGCUCCCGACGUGUCCUAGACGAGGACGACGACAAGGAUAAGGACAAGGACAAGGACAAGGACAUGAACUGCCCGAUUGAACGACGCGACCCACCGAAGCCAAAAGACUACAAGAGACGGACAGGCACCCUCGACCCGAAAGCCUGCACGGUGGCUUGCAUUGCCUCUGUCGAGAUCGAAGCCCAAGCGGCCCUCCACAUGCUAGACGAGCGACAUCCCGGCGGUUCGCCAUGGGCCGAGGCCAAGAGUACGGGACAGGAUCGGUGGCUGCGCUUCCCUAAUCUCUGGUUUGGGCUGCCUGACCUGUCGCGAAGGCCGGCGCGCGACAUCCGGCUAGGGGAUGUACUGGUCUGUCUUCCGGACAGCGAGAGCGCGGGACUGGAUGCAUAUGAUCUGGGCAAGGAGACGGAAGACGUGUUCGAACCGCUUCGACAUGGACGCGCACUCGCGAUGGCCGAAUUAAUGAUCCGAUCAGCUAUCGGCGGCACCAAGCUUAAGUCGCCGAAAGACGCACAGAUCUUGUGCCGUAGCCUGUGGAUAUAG